AUGAAUGUCCCGCCCGUGCUGUUUUAUGGGGGACCCAGCUUCGGGGUCAAUCACCUGCCUGCAGCAGCAGAUGGUCUCAUUGAUGCUUGGUGGCGAUUUGCAGUGACAGGAAAGUUCGUCCUGGUUGUCGCUGUCCCCUUUGCUGUGCAGCAAGUUGACCUUGCAGCCGCCACCAUUGAGCCCGGCUGGGCCCCUUCAGCCGCCACCAUUGAGCCCGGCUGGUCCCCUUCAGCUGCCACCAUUGAGCCCGGCUGGGCCCCUUCAGCUGUCACCAUUGAGCCCGGCUGGGCCCCUUCAGCUGUCACCAUUGAGCCCGGCUGGGCCCCUUUAGCCGCCACCAUUGAGCCCGGCUGGGCCCCUUCAGCUGUCACCAUUGAGCCCGGCUGGGCCCCUUCAGCCGCCACCAUUGAGCCCGGCUGGUCCCCUUUAGCUGUCACCAUUGAGCCCGGCUGGUCCCCUUUAGCCGCCACCAUUGAGCCCGGCUGGUCCCCUUCAGCUGCCACCAUUGAGCCCGGCUGGGCCCCUUCAGCUGUCACCAUUGAGCCCGGCUGGUCCCCUUCAGCCGUCACCAUUGAGCCCGGCUGGUCCCCUUCAGCCGCCACCAUUGAGCCCGGCUGGUCCCCUUUAGCUGUCACCAUUGAGCCCGGCUGGGCCCCUUUAGCCGCCACCAUUGAGCCCGGCUGGUCCCCUUCAGCCGCCACCAUUGAGCCCGGCUGGGCCCCUUCAGCUGUCACCAUUGAGCCCGGCUGGGCCCCUUCAGCUGUCACCAUUGAGCCCGGCUGGUCCCCUUCAGCCGCCACCAUUGAGCCCGGCUGGUCCCCUUCAGCUGCCACCAUUGAGCCCGGCUGGUCCCCUUCAGCCGCCACCAUUGAGCCCGGCUGGUCCCCUUUAGCUGUCACCAUUGAGCCCGGCUGGGCCCCUUUAGCCGCCACCAUUGAGCCCGGCUGGUCCCCUUCAGCUGCCACCAUUGAGCCCGGCUGGGCCCCUUCAGCUGUCACCAUUGAGCCCGGCUGGGCCCCUUUAGCCGCCACCAUUGAGCCCGGCUGGUCCCCUUCAGCUGCCACCAUUGAGCCCGGCUGGGCCCUUCAGCUGUCACCAUUGGAGCCCGGCUGGGCCCCUUCAGCCGCCACCAUUGAGCCCGGCUGGUCCCCUUCAGCCGCCACCAUUGAGCCCGGCUGGGCCCCUUUAGCCGCCACCAUUGAGCCCGGCUGGUCCCCUUCAGCUGCCACCAUUGAGCCCGCCGCCACCAUUGAGCCCGGCUGGGCCCCUUCAGCUGUCACCAUUGAGCCCGGCUGGGCCCCUUCAGCCGCCACCAUUGAGCCCGGCUGGGCCCCUUUAGCUGUCACCAUUGAGCCCGGCUGGGCCCUUCAGCUGCCACCAUUGAGCCCGGCUGGGCCCUUCAGCUGUCACCAUUGA